AUGGCUUUGAUGGUGGUCAAGUUUGACUUGAAAAAACGAGUGAAGCUGGCUCAGACGGUCUGGUUCAUGUACUGGUUCGCUGUACUGGCUGGUAUUCUGGUGCUCAGCCUGGGCCUGUUCUUCAAGAUCGAGCUGCGGAAGCGGUCGGAGCUCAUGGACAACAACGAGAGCCACUUCUUGCCCAACCUGCUCAUCACCAUGGGGCUCAUAGCCUGCGGGAUCAACGCCUUUGGAGGCAAGGUCUGCUACGACUCCCUGGACCCGCUGAAGUUUGCAAAGUGGAAGCCGGUGUUGAAGAGCUUUUUGGUUUUCUGUUUGGGAUUCAACGCCCUGCUUGUCGUCACCUCGCUGCUCUGCUUUGUGAUGAGGAUCCCGCUGCAGUUCACCCUGGCUGAGGGUCUGAAGAACGGCAUGAAAUACUACAAGGACACGGACACGCCGGGCCGCUGCUACAUGAAGAGGACCCUGGACCUCAUGCAGAUGGAGUUCCGCUGCUGCGGGAACGAUAACUACAGGGACUGGUUUGAGAUCCAGUGGGUCAGCAACCGCUACCUGGAUUUCAGCUCCAAGGAAGUCAAAGAUCGCAUCGGGAGCAACGUGGACGGCCAGUAUUUGAUGGACGGCGUGCCGUUCAGCUGCUGCAACCCCAGCUCCCCCAGACCCUGCAUCCAGUACCAGAUGACCAACAACUCGGCUCACUACAGCUACGACCAUUACACCGAGGAGCUCAACGUGUGGCGCCGCGGCUGCAGGGACGCCUUGCUGUCCUACUAUGGCGGCAUAAUGAAUACCAUCGGAGCCCUGGUGUUCCUGGUCACCGUGCUGGAGGUUGCUGUGACCGUGGGCCUGCAGUACGUGGACACGUCUCUGUCCACGCUGUCCAACCCAGAGGACAUAGAGAGCGAGAGCGAGGGCUUCCUCCUGGAGAAGACGGUGAAGGAGACGUUCACCGACAUCAUGGCCAAGAUGAAAUCCAUGGGCAAAGGGGCCAAGGUGGAGGAAGGGGGCGAGGAGGGCGUGGCUACCGUCAGCUGAGCAAGCCCCGCCCACCUGCGGAAAACUGUAAACCUUCCAACCCUGAAGCGAAGAGGAACGUUUUCUACCAGACUUUUCUAGCUUACAGCUCACCUGCAGACGAGGCCAAAUACGUUGCCAAUCCCGAUAAACACGUCAUUUCAAAUCUGAAGAGUUUUUUAUUGCUGCAGCACAUUUUCACAUUGGCAAUUUUGCAAAAUAAAGAAAUUUAUCUCAUUUCAAUACAGAUGGAGAAAAUUUAGGAAUAAUUGUUUGCAUCCCUGCAGAGUCUGAUGACACUGAACUCAUGAGCUGCUGUUCAUCCUUCAUCCUGCUGAUCUGUGUCAGACUUUAACUUCUAUCCAGGAGGAGAAGGAGGCCCACAGCAUGACAGAUUCUCCACCAUGCUUAACACAGGGAAUCAGGUGGUGUUCAGUACAUUUAUUGUUAGAAAUAGCUUUUUUGGUCACAUCUGGCAUCUAAAGUUGACGGCCAUCUUGUAGGUUUUUUUUUCAUGGCCUCAGUGAGCGUAGGAUGUUUGAAUUUAUUCUGUAGAUGUCGGUGAGUCGAGGUGAGUAUUUUUCCUGACUUCUGAGGAUCCACACACUUCCGGCACGUUCUCUUGUCUUUCCCAUUUGAAGAGUGCCUAAGAGAAAUGGGUCAAUGUGUCGCAGGGAAGCAGAAGGUCACGCAUCAAAAAAAAAAACUGAU